GAUCAGGAUAAGAGAUCAGACUCACCUGAACCCAGCUGUGUCUCCAUGAAGAGUGACCAGUCAAUGGAAAAACCUUUACGCUUCAGUGAGGACAACAGAUCUACUGAUCUCAGUGAGAUUCAGAGAGAGAGGACAGACCCUCCUGAACCCAGCUGUGUCUCCAUGAAGAGUGACGGGUCAAUGCAUCUUCCAAGAAACUUCAGAAAGGAAGACUGUUCUCCUGAACUGACAGUCCAGAAGGAGACUCCAGAAAUCAGCAGGAGAAAUAUGGACUUCAUAUUAAAGGAACUGGAGCACAAAGUCAUCUCUCUGGUAAAGAAUCAGCUGAAAAGGUUUGUGAAGAUGCUGAAGAAUCUGGAUUACCCAGCAUGCUCUGGGAGAGAGGAGGAGGAUGAGGAGGAUCAGAGUGGUGUCAGAGAGGGAGCGCUGAAGAUCACACUGCACGUCCUGAGAAACAUGAACCAGACAGACCUCGCUAACAAACUGCAGACCAAACUGGCUCCGUCCUGUCAUCGAAAGCUGAAAUCUACUCUAAAGGAGAAAUUUCAGAAAAUUAAUGAAGGAAUCUCAGAUCCUGGAACCUCAGUCCUUCUGAAUGAGAUCUACACAGAGCUGUACAUCACAGAGGGAGGGAGUGGAGAGGUCAAUAAUGAACAUGAGGUCAGACAGAUUGAAGCAGCAUCCAGGAGACCAGCAACACAGGAGACACCCAUCAAAUGUAACGACCUCUUUAAAGACCAGUCCAUCAGAACUGUGCUGACUAAAGGAGUUGCUGGAAUUGGAAAAACAGUCUCUGUGCAGAAGUUCAUUCUGGACUGGACUGAAGGAAAAGCCAAUCAGGAUGUUCUCUUCAUAUUUCCACUUCCUUUUAGAGAACUGAAUCUGAUGAAGACUGAAAAACUCUGUCUGGAGGAUCUUCUUUAUCAGUUUUUUAAAGAAACAAAAGAAAUAAAAACAAGAGAUUAUUAUUGUUACGACAUCAUAUUCAUCUUUGAUGGUCUGGAUGAAUGUCGACUUCCUCUAGAUUUCCAGAACAAUAAGAGAGUAUCUGAUGUAACACAGUCAGCCUCAGUGGAUGUGCUGCUGACAAACCUCAUCCAGGGGAACCUGCUUCCCUCUGCUCUCCUAUGGAUAACUACUCGACCAGCAGCAGCCAAUCAGAUCCCUCCUGACUGUAUUGAUCAGGUAACAGAGGUACGAGGGUUCAGUGACCCUCAGAAAGAGGAAUACUUCAGGAAAAGGAUCAGAGAUCAGAGCCUUGCUGAAAGAAUCAUUACACACAUGAAGUCCUCCAGAAGCCUCUACAUCAUGUGCCACAUCCCAGUCUUCUGCUGGAUCUCAGCCACUGUUCUAGAGAGGAUGUUGGGUGAAGCAGAGGGAGGAGAGAUCCCCAAGACUCUGACUCAAAUGUUCACACACUUCCUUAUCUUUCAGAUCAAACACCGCAGCCAGAAGUACCAAAGAGAAAGUGAUGUUGAUCUUGACCAGACUAGAGAGAUUAUUCUGGCUCUGGGAAAACUGGCUUUCCAACAGCUGGAGAAAGGAAACCUGAUCUUCUAUGAGGAAGAUCUGAGAGAGUGUAGCAUUGAUGUCAGAGAAGUGUCCGUGUACUCAGGAGUGUGCACCCAGAUCUUCAGACAGGAGUCUGAACUUCACCUGGGGAAGGUUUUCAGCUUUGUGCAUCUGAGUGUUCAGGAGUUUCUGGCCGCUUUAUAUGCGUUUCUGUCCUUCAUCUCCAAAAACAGAAAUGUUCUACAACAGAAACACAGUGGAGUAUUUGGUUUCUCCAAAAAAGGAACAAUGUCUGAUUUCCUGAAGAGAGCCGUGGAGAAGGCCUUACAGAGUGAGAACGGACACCUGGACCUUUUCCUCCGAUUCCUUCUGGGUCUCUCACUGGAGUCCAAUCAGACUCUCUUACGAGGUCUUCUGAUACAGACAGAGAACAUCUCUCACAGUAAAGAGGAAGUAGUGGAGUACAUCAAGCAGAAGAUCAGGGAGAAUCCCUCUCCAGAGAAAACUAUCAGUCUGUUCCACUGUCUGAAUGAACUGAAUGAUCAUUCUCUAGUGCAGGAAGUCCAGAAAUACCUGAACAGAGGAGGUUCCAGUGGUUUCAGUGGAGUUACUCUCUCUCCUGAUCAGUGGUCAGCUGUGGCGUUUGUGAUGCUGAAUUCAGAAGAGGAGCUGGAUGAGUUUAACUUGAAGAAAUUUCAUGAAUCAGAAGAAUGUCUUCUGAGGCUGCUGCCAGUGGUGAAAGUAUCCCGAAAGAUUGUGCUGUAUGACUGCAGUAUUACAGAGAAAUGCUAUGCUGCUCUGUUUUCAGCUCUGAAAUCAAGCCCCUCCAACUUGAGAGAACUGAAUCUGACCUACAGUAAACCAAGAGAUUCAGGAGUGAAGCUGCUCACUGAAAUACUGAUGGAUCCACUUUGUAAACUGGAGAAACUACAGCUGAAAUUCUGCAGUAUUACAGAGAAACACUGUGCUGAUCUGGUUUCAGCUCUGAAAUCAAACCCCUCAGAACUACGAGAGCUGAAUUUGAGCUACAAUAAACCAGGAGUGAAGUUUAUCUGUGGUUUACUGGAAGAUCCACGCUGUAAACUGGAGAAACUACAGCUGGAAUUCUGCAGUAUUACAGGAGAAGACUGUGCUGCUCUGGUUUCAGCUCUGAAAUCAAAGCCCUCCCACCUGAGAGAGCUGAAUCUGAACUACAAUAAACCAGGAGAGUCAGGAGUGAAGCUGCUCUCUGAUCUACUGAAGGAUCCUCACUAUAAACUGGAGAAACUACAGAUCCGUGACUCUUCACAAUUACGUGAACUAAAUUUAAAUGAGAAAGGGAUAGGAGAUUCAGGAGUGAAGCUGCUCUCUGAUCUACUGGAGGAUCCUCACUGUAACCUGGAGAAACUAGAGUGA